CCAUCUCAGGUUCCACCGGCUGCGUUUCAAGAGCUCAGCAUCCACGUGGCUCCUGCACUGGACCCUGCAAUGCUAGCUGGGGAGACAGAAAAGAAAUGAAGCGGAUUCCCCAUCAAGUGGUGGAAAGGGAGGGAGACAGAGCGGCAGAGAGAGGGAGACACAGAAUCCGAAGCAGGCUCCAGGCUCUGAGCUGUCAGCACAGAACCCGAUGGCGGGGCUCGAACCCACGAACGCGAGAUCAUGACCGGACCCGAGCUGAAGUCGGACGCUCAACCGAGCCACCCAGACGCCUCGACAAGGUGUUAGUCUUGAGGCUACUCUUUCCCGGACCCACGUCGCCACUCUGCGUCUUCCACAUGACCUCGGCAAAGCUCAGAUACAGGGCUGACCGCAGUCCUCCCUGGCUAAAUCCCUCAGCAGCUCCCCAGUGCCUUUUCGAGGAAGGUCACCCUUCUUGGCUCGGUACACAAGGCCACGAAUAGACUGUCUCCUCCCGCCCCAGCCAGCCUACACUUGGCAGGUCCCUCUGGCGUCCUGCUCUGUCUGACCUCUAACACCUGCUUGCCCUUCAGGUCUCCAUUCUCUCUGGAGCCCUGGUGGGGUGCCCUGUGCAUCCCCACAGCCUGUGUGUGGACGUUCCUCUAGAAUGCAGACCGUGCAUCCUGUGAAAGUCCCCCCGGCGGAUCUGCCAGCCCCAGGAGGGGCACUCAGUCCUUCCGUGAUCAGACACCUGGGGAGCAGGACCAGCCGGUGCACAAUGAACUUGUGGCUCCCGCUGUGCCUGGUGGUGGCGGCCAGCUUUGUGGGCAUCUGGUGUCCUGUCCACGCUCAAGGUGUCUCGGAGGACUGUUGCCUAGCCUACCACCGGCUCGAGAGCCUGGACUUUCUGAAGCGCGCCCUGGGGUACCAGCGCCAGGAGGUGAGCGGCAGCUGCAACCUGCCGGCUGUGAUAUUCUUCUUGCGGAAACACAGGAUGGUGUGCGGCAACCCCCGGGACAAGAGGGUGAAGUACUGGACAGAAUUCCUGGAUGCGCGGAAGGCAAAGCAUCACAGAAGCCGCCUGAGAACCCCGUCCGGGGUUAGCUGGCCCCCCAGAAGCAACAAGACGAAAACUGCCCUCCGGACGACGGCUCAUCCAGAUCCGUGAGCCCGAACACCUCCAGGAUUAGCCAGCACGAAGGUGGGCCGGACCUCUCCCCGCCACAACUGUCCCCUGAGGCUCCAGGUGCCCCAGCCUGUCAUUCAGGCCAGACCUCAGUGCCCGGGCCUGAGCCUGCUCUUGGCUCUGUCCCAUCGCUCCUGCCACAUCCUGCUCCUCAGGCAGCUGGGAGGAAAGAGCUGACCUUGCUUCAGGCCCCUUGCCUGCUCCAGGAACCAGAGUCAGCCGUAAGCAGCGGGUCUUGUAGUGGAUCAUCUGGAUUUGUCACCCACCGCAGCCUCUUGCCACCCACCCUGGGCCACGCCUGCCUGUGUCCCUUUGGGUCCUUGCAAAGCUCCCGACCGUCCCGGGACGCUCCUCCCAGACUAUGCUUUUCUAUGAUUUUUAAAUAAACGUUAUUUAAAACA